AGAGAACCUGCAAGAAGAAAUCCCGAACCACAGAAGCUGGCUAGGGCACGAUCAAUUAAGCGGGGAUUCGUCAAAGCGUGGACUUGCACUUAAACGUCGCAUAACCUUAUAUCGGACACCCCUUUAUCCCUUUUUCAGACUCGUCACAUUUCGCAUAUCGCAAAAAAAAGCAAAAGAAACAAAGAUUAGAUCGUAUCAUCUUACCGAUCUUGACAAUCUUCACACCACCAUCUGCGCCAUCUAUCUGCACCAUAUGCACCAUCCAUCCACGCCAUCCCAUCUGUUCCCAAACACCGUAAUCCACCAAUCUGAAUGGCCAAUCGCGCCGUGCCAAGAACAACCGAGGUCGUCCGCGGUGCGGUCGUGAACAUCGUUCUCAAAGCCGACCAGCGCACCGGUCGAGAAGUGAGGGGAACAGUUCGCGACGUCUUGACACGCGGCGAUCACCAUCGCGGCAUCAAGGUCCGACUGGCCGACGGGCGCAUUGGCAGAGUCCAGAGCAUCGCCUCGAGCGCCUCUGCCGCCUCUGCCUCCCCCUCUUCAUCUUCAGAUCCCGAUGGCGCAAUCUUGAUAAAUGCUCCCGCGCCCGCUGAAGAUGAGUCGGCCGAUGCAGCCAAUCGGACUGUUUCAAAUUCACGUGGGCACCGCCCGCGUUACAGAGACAUGCGACUCGAUGAACCACUUGAAGCGCCACCAGAGCAGACUGAUCUAGGCGCAUACAUUGUUCCCGCUAAACGUAAAGGUAAGGGCAAGGGCAAAGGCAAGAAUCAUAAUGAUUCAAAUGCGCCUGGCCAACAUGAUGGCCCGGCGCGACGCGAUGAUGUGUCGUCAAGUAAUGAUUCCAGUUCAGUCCUGGAUGUAGUUUCAGCCACAGCGACCUGUCCGGUCUGCGGCAAUUUUGAAGGAGACGAGACAGCUGUGGCUCACCACGUCGCGGAACAUUUUGAAUAAAGUCGGUCAGUUGACAAGCGGUUCAACAAAUUCAUUGAUAGUGGUGAUGGCAAUGGAUAAAUUAUUUGUGGAUAAGAACGACUUAGGUGGCUCCAUUUUGGUUAUAUCCAGAAGCUUUGAUGUACCUCGUCUUAUUUAGACCUCACUCUUAAGGUCUCUUGGAUCGGUCCUGAUUUCCAAGUAUUUCCUUUAUACUUUUCACAACGAGAU